UUAGAUUAGAAAGGUGCAAAAGUGCAGAAUCACUCCAGCAUCCCCUUAAUAUUAAACAGAUGACUUUGAGAAAUUUUGUGCGCAGCGCUUUCCGAGGCUAUUGUUGGUCUCUUUUAAUAUUGUAUCUUCCUUUGCCUUUUUCCAUAAGAAUUUUCUGAAACGUGCGCGCUUCACUGGGCUCGGCACUGGAUUGCAAAUGGGCAAAGGGUCAUAGGCGACUGAUAAGAGCAGUCACGUAAGCAUAUGCUGGCAGCUGAGCGAGAUGUGAAGGAUCAGGUGGCGUGUUCGCUACGUCGCAACCGGCGCAUGUUGUGCACUUGUCGAGUCGAAACACGCGAAUCAUGUAUCACCUUGGGAAGUUGAAGUCAGUAUUUCGGAGGAGUCACCUAACCUCGUACGGCCGGAACUCGCAUCAGUCCGCACCGGGGAUCGACAGGAUAAGCAAGAUUCUGAUAGCGAACCGCGGAGAGAUAGCGUGUCGCAUAACGCAGACCGCCAAGAGGCUCGGCGUAAGGACGGUGGCGGUGUACAGCGAGGCGGACAGGAACUCCAUGCACGUGGAGCAGGCCGACGAAGCUUACUGCAUCGGGCCGGCACAGUCCAGCCAGAGCUACCUGCGAGGGGACAAGAUUCUAUCGGUGGCCAAGCGGGCAAAGUGCCAAGCCGUGCAUCCGGGCUACGGAUUCCUCUCGGAGAAUACGGAAUUUGCGGAGCUAUGCCAGAGGGAGAAUAUCAUAUUUAUCGGGCCGCCGGCCAGUGCCAUCCGAGAUAUGGGCAUAAAGAACACGUCAAAGGCUAUCAUGACAAAAGCUGGUGUUCCUAUCAUAGAAGGAUACCACGGUGAGGAUCAGACGAACGAGACGCUCUUGGCCGAAGCCAGGAAGAUUGGCUUCCCGUUGAUGAUCAAGGCCGUGCGCGGCGGCGGCGGGAAAGGCAUGAGGAUCGCUCCGAGGGAGUCCGACUUCGUCGAGGCGCUGGAAUCCGCGAGAACCGAGUCUGAGAAAGCGUUCGGCGACUCGGCGGUGCUUCUGGAAAAGUACGUUGCCGAGCCCAGACACGUGGAGGUUCAAGUCUUUGCCGACAAGCACGGCAACGCCGUCUACCUUUUUGAAAGGGACUGCUCCGUGCAAAGAAGACAUCAGAAAGUGAUCGAAGAAGCGCCUGCUCCUGGAAUUUCCCAACAGCUGAGGCGGGAAUUGGGCGAAGCGGCUGUGCGUGCCGCUAAAGCUGUGGAAUAUGUGGGCGCUGGAACGGUGGAGUUCAUAAUGGAUCGUCACGAUCACAGUUUUCACUUUAUGGAGAUGAAUACGCGUCUCCAGGUGGAGCAUCCAGUCACCGAGGCGAUUACCGGCUUGGAUCUGGUCGAGUGGCAAUUGAGAGUGGCGAGCGGGGAAGAACUCCCGCUCACACAAGAGCAGAUCAGUCUUAACGGCCACGCGUUUGAGGCGAGAAUUUAUGCCGAGAAUCCAAGGAAUGGUUUCUUACCAGGAGCCGGUCAACUGUUGUACUUGAAACCUCCUGAGGCAGCAGAGAACGUCAGAGUCGAAACCGGAGUGCGACAGAACGACGAGGUAUCUGUGCACUACGAUCCGAUGAUAGCGAAGUUAGUAGUCUGGGGAAAGGACAGGGGCGAGGCCCUCAGUGUACUCGCAUCGAAGCUCAAUGACUACAACAUAGCUGGCUUGGAUACGAACAUAGAGUUUAUUAAAGAUCUGUGUGCGCACGAGAAGUUUCAGAACGGCCAAGUCCAUACGGGAUUUAUAGAGGAGAACUUUGAGCAACUAUUUCCCAAGAUACAAACAUCUAACAGAAUACUGAUGCAAGGAACCCUCGCUUCGAUAUUGCUCGAAGACAUGGAGUCGUUAAACAUGUCCGUGGAGACAAAGGAUCCUUUCACACCGUUCGCCGUGGAGACUGGGCUCAGAUUAAAUCACGUGUUGGAACGCACGUUUCUCUUCGAUGUUGGAAAGGAGAGUAACGUAGUAGAGGUGAGGUAUCCCGAACCGGAUGUAUAUCUGAUGAGAGUCGACAGAUUAGGGCCCUGGAUGAAGGCGACCGGAACCUUGAAGAAGACGGAUGGCGUUUUAGAAUUGUUUGCGGAAAUUGACGGGAUUAUCACCAAGGCGCGAACGGUGAAGCUGAAUAAUAAGCUGCACAUAUUCACUAAGGAUCGAGAAUGGCAAUUGGUUAUUCCGAGUCCCAAGUUCGUGACCGCGAUCACGAGGCAGCCGGAGCAAGAUCCAUAUACAGCUUCGAGCCCGAUGCCCGGCUUAGUUGACAAGGUCUUCGUCAAUAAGGGGGACGCGGUAAAGAAAGGCGAUUCGUUACUCGUUAUUGUCGCUAUGAAAAUGGAGCAUAUCAUUAAGGCGUCUGUAGAUGGAAUUGUUGAAGAUGUGCUGUGCUCUAAAGGUGAUAACGUCGCAAAAAAUAAGCUUCUCGUGAAACUGACUGAGUGCCAAACGUAAUAUAAUUGUAUAAUAAAAUAGCAUUGAUGUCGUUGAGAGGAUGCAGGACUUAUAAUUAGACUUUUAACUGGAAUGAUUAUCGUUGAAUACAAAUGUAUGUGUUUUUUUAUAUAAAAAGACUUUUAGCUCGAGUGGUUGAAUCUAAAUGUAAAAUGAAUAUAUUGUAUUUUGUUAUAUAAAAAGAGAAAAUAAAUUUUAAUAAAAGUGGCA